GGUGAUGUGACCAUCACAGACCUCCCCGUGGCUCUGGAUCAGCUCCAUGACAACGUGCAGAGGAACGCAGCAGCGUUGGCCGCGGCUCAGGGCCGCGUUCGUGUCCAGGCGCUGCCGUGGGGCCGUGAUCUGAGCCCCAUCCCUCGUGGUUACGACGUGGUGUUGGGUGCUGACGUGGUUUAUGACCCGCGCUGCUUCCCUGCCCUGCUGGCCACGCUGCAGCAGCUCUGCGGGCCGCGCUCCGUCGCCUUCCUCAGCUGCGGGAUGCGGCGCGAGUUGGGAACUGCGGGCUUCUUCCAUCAGCUGCUGCCACUGCAUUUCUGUGUCCAGCUGCUGCGGCACCACAGAGACACCAACGUCAGUCUGUACCGACUGACACAGAGACAACAUCGGUCUGUAGUGCCUGGCAGCACAGAGACAUCAACGUCAGUCUGUACCGACUGACACAGAGACAACAUCGGUCUGUAGUGCCUGGCAGCACGGAGACACCAACAUCAGUCUGUUCCGACUGACAUAACAGCAUGACAACACCAAUGUCAGUCUGUACCAACUGACGCAGCACAGGGAUAACAAUGUCAGUCUGUGCUGACUGACAGGACUCAAUGACAACACCAACGUCAGUCUG